AUGUUGAUUGUCAUUCAACAAUUGGAACCAUCAAACGCUCCAGUAUGAUAGUACGUAGAUUAUUUGUAAUCAUUUUGUUGUUCAUUUCCAGAGAAAAUGCGGAUACCCGAUUCAUGGCAUUCGUAAAUAACUUCAAAUCUAUGGAUUUUAAUUUUAAUUUUGAAAAUUUGAUAUUGCAGAGAUAUUAAAAUGAAAUUGUUUCUGUAAUGUACCACGAUCUUAAAUAUUUCUGUUUCUGUUCAAUAGCCAUGGUAUUUCUCUUCAACCACUGUGUAUAAUAAGUUUGAGAACAACAGUGAACAGAACCAGGACUGUAGGACGACGGUCACUAUUUGUCGACAAAUAUGUUACUUGAUUAUCGAUCAGCGACGAGUUUCGAAAGUGAUGUUCCAUAAAGAAACAACCAUUAAAAGUCAUGUCUGGAGCAUCGCUGUAAAAAAUCUUCGUGAGAUUUCUCCGUGUCUCGUAUCAAACACUUACAUUUCGAUUUUCUUAUUAAGAUCGAAAUGCUGAUUAAAUCUGAAAUUCAAAGACAGCAAAGGCCGGAGAACGUUAACGUAGUGGUGGCAUGCUACUUGUAGUGAAAUUCCGUAAUAUCCGUAUAAUUAUGUUAUUUACAGGCUGCACUAGCAGUGCUACUGCAAGUCGCAUUUGUGGCGAGCAAGGCAGUGGAUCAGAAUCAACUGCAGCAACAAAAGUCACGGCAACAAAUUCCGUACGCCAUGGUGGCGAUUCUGGUGGCUACGGUGGAGAUCUGAGUGGCCACGGUGGUGAUCUCAGCGGUCAUGGUGGUGACUUAGGAGGUGGUAAUUUAGGAGGUGGCUUCGGUCACUCUGGCGGUGGUGAUAUUGGCGAUAGUUUUGGCCAUUCCGGAGGUGGUGACGCCGGUGGUGGCUUUGGUCAUUCUGGAGGUGAUCAUUUCGGUGGCGGUGGUGACGCUGGUGGUGGCUUUGGUCAUUCCGGAGGAGGUGGUGCUCUUGAAGAACACCACCAUGACGAUCAUCAGGAUCACGAUCACGGUUAUUGGAAGAAAAAGCUGAUCUGGAAACCGGGAUGGAAGAAGAUUUGGAAGCCAGCGAAGAAACAAAUUUGGAAGCCCGCGUGGAAGAAAAUUUGGAAGCCCGUUUGGGUACCAACGCAGAAAGCAAUAUGGAAAGAAAUUCAGGUACCAGUUUGGAAAAAGAUUUGGAAGCCCGUGUGGAAGGAGAUACAGGUCCCGGUGUGGAAAGAGAUUCAGGUACCAGCCUGGAAGAAGAUUUGGAAACCAGUCUGGAAACCUAUAAAGGUUCCAGCCUGGAAAGAAAUUCAGGUGCCCGCGUGGAAAAAAAUCUGGAAACCGGUUUGGAAGGAGAUUCAAGUACCAGUGUGGAAGGAGAUUCAGGUACCAGCCUGGAAAAAGAUCUGGAUUCCUGAAUGGGUGAAAAUCGGCAUUCCUGGCGAGCACUAUCAUGGCACCGAUCACCAUGGUUGGCAGUACACCAGCCACGAUUUGUGGAAGAAGAAACUGAUCUGGAAACCAUUAUGGAAAAAGUAUUGGAAACCAGCGAAGAAACAGAUCUGGGUACCUGACAAGAAGUUAGAGUGGGUCGAAGCCUGGAAACAGAUCUGGAAGCCAGCCAAAAAGCAGAUUUGGGUGGAUGACAAAAAACUUAUCUGGAAAGAAGAAUGGAAACAGAUUUGGAAACCAUCUAAAAAACUCAUUUGGGUACCUGAUAAGAAGUUGGAAUGGAAAGAGGCUUGGAAACAAAUCUGGAAGGCUGAUAAGAAGCUCGAAUGGGUACCUGAUAAGAAGUUAGCCUGGAAAGAAGCUUGGAAACAGAUUUGGGUACCAGCCUGGAAAGAAAUUUGGGUUCCAGCAUGGAAGAAGAUUUGGAAACCAGUCUGGAUAUCGGAAUGGUUCCCUGCAGAGGACCAUCAUCCUCAUCACAAAGGUUGGGAAGACCGGAAAGAUACUCAGGCCCAAGAUUCUCAGGUAGUUCCUUACAGUCCUGACGCUGCCUUGAAGCAGAAUGCUCAGGCUCAGCAACAACAACAAAUCGACGAGAACAAAGUCAGGUGGGACAGAUCGUCGAAGGCUAAAGCAUUGUCGAUCAGCCAGGAUCUAGUGCCGCCACCGGAGAAUCAAAGCCUGGCAGCCAACUUUGCGUUCCCCAAUCACUGA